CAAUUAGAAACAAACAAAAAAUCUUUUUUUUUUUUUUUACUUAUGAGUGAUUUGCGGGUAGCUGAACAAUUUUUUUUGAUCAGGGUGUUAUGAAAAACUUGGUGAUGCAUAAGUGUCUCUCCUUAAUCAACUAAUCACCUUUUAUAAUUUUCUUAAUUACAAAUCUUUAAUUUCCGAAAAGUAUUCAUUUCCUUAAAUUUUCCACUGAUUUAUCAUCCAUAGAUAAUAAUCUUCUUAAUCUCUUUGUGUAGCCAUUAUAAGCAGAUCAAGAAUCACUCAUUUUACAUUAUUUAACCAUUAUCAUUUUCCUUCAUACAACAAACACAUCUAUGAACGAUGAUAUGCGAAGAUGCAUAUCAGUAUCAGCAAUUACAUGGACAAAAGGAUCACAUGAUGACAAUGAUGAUGAUGGACUUGAGCACAUCACCACCCUCAUCACCCAUUUCACCAUCUUCACCAUCAUACAAUAACAACGAGGAAGAUAGACUUGAGGUUGUGAAUUUGAGUGGCAUGGCAUUGCAAUCUCUCCCAAAUCCUUCCCUCAAUUUGGCAAAUAUUUGCAAGCUUGAUCUCUCCAACAAUCAUAUCAAGAAAAUACCAGAAUCUCUAACAGCGAGAUUACUCAACUUGAUAGCAUUAGAUAUUCACUCUAACCAGAUCAAAGCUCUUCCAAACUCCAUUGGUUGUCUCUCUAAGCUCAAGAUCCUUAAUGUCUCCGGCAACUUUCUCGUUUCCCUCCCCCAAACUAUUCAAAAUUGCAGGUCACUCGAAGAACUAAACGCCAACUUCAACGAGCUGAUUAGAUUACCAGACAACAUAGGCUUAGAACUAACCAAUCUGAGGAAGCUCUGUGUCAACUCAAACAAGCUCAUUAGCCUACCAACCACCAUCACCUACCUCACUUCCCUACGUGUCCUCGAUGCUCGUCUCAAUUGCCUUAUGAUCCUCCCGGAGGACCUCGAGAACCUCAUCAACCUCGAGAUCCUCAAUGUCAGUCAGAACUUCCAGUAUCUUUCUGCUCUUCCAUCUUCUAUCGGUCUUCUCCUGAACCUCCUCGAGCUGGAUAUUAGCUACAACAAGAUAACAGUGUUGCCUGAGUCCAUUGGAUGCAUGAGGCGGCUGAGGAAACUGAGCGCAGAGGGAAACCCACUAGUCUCCCCACCCAUUGAGGUUGUGGAGCAGAGCUUGCAGGCAGUGAGAGAGUAUCUAAGCCAAAAGAUGAAUGGUAAACUGGUGAACAGCGCGGCAAAGAAGAAGACAUGGGGAUUCCGCAAACUGGUCAAGUAUGGGACAUUCAAUGGCAGAUCAAGAGCUUGGACCAGAGAAGAGAGAGAAGGUCUCAUCAUGCCCGAGUACCGUCCCAUUGAUAUCCUAACUUCGACCAAGUUUCCUGUGAUGUGCUCACCUCGGCUUCUCUUCUCCCCAAGAACCUAUUUCAGCAGAUAAGAAUAAUGCUAGCAAACAAACACAAUUUUGAAUCUAUCAACCAUUUACUUAAUUCAGCACUAAAUGUAUAAAAGAGUAUGUAAAUACACAGGCAUUCAGAUCUCAUAACUUCUUAUUGUAAAUCAUGUAUCUAAAAUCAUAAAUAACAAUUUUGACCGGAAUUUUUUAUUAGAAAGAUCAUUUCUGUGUUGGAACUUCUUUGAGAAAUUAGAAAUCUGCAUCUGCGAUUUUGCA